AUGGGAACCGGGAAACGCGAAAAAUGGGUCUGUCGCACGUGCCGAUUGCGUGAAAGCAGAUUAGGCGUCAGCGAGGAGGCUGCGUCAGCAUCGCAAGAAGAUACCGUGUCCGCGCAACUUGCCGCAAUAAGCCAAAAACUUGAGCUUCUUCACACUUUGAAAGCAAACGUUGACCGGCUCUGUGACCUCCCGGCAAAAGUAGACGACCUUUUGUUAUUGAAGCCAUCUGUUGAUGCAAUGAAGGUAACGAUCUCGAGUCUUCAAGAUUCUGUUCGCAAAUGUGAAUCCAUGAUGAAGCUUGUUCAGCAGAACGAUCAAGAAGUAAAACUACUGCGAUCAGAAGUUGGAGCGCUACAAGCAACAGUGUCCAAUCAAACUUCUAUGAUCGAACAACUACAGACAAACUUAAACUCCACUGAACAAUACAGUAGGAGGUGCAACAUGGAAAUUCAUGGCAUUCCUAUCACAGAUGACGAAGAUGUGAAGGUAGUUAUCGAAGACCUUGCCGAGAGACUGAACAUCGGUAGACACCAUCCUGCCGAAGUGGUGGCUUGCCACCGCCUGCGCUCGAGGCGCGAGGGGGCGGCCCCCAUUUUGGUUCAGUUCUCCUCGACGUCUGUAAAAGAAAAGUGGAUGAGUGCUCGGAAGAAGUUGGCCACGCUUCUUCGGCGGAGCAAGUUCCUGGAUCUGUGGCUCGAAGCUCUUUCAACUAAAGCAGCCGACAAUAUCGUCUGGGGCAACCGCUCGACCACCUCCACGAUCGCCAUCUUGAUCGCCAUCUUCAUCGUCAUUCUGAUCCGACGGCCGGCCUCUUCGCCUCGUCCUUUUGAGGUUACUUCAGUGCUGGGCUUGCAGCCGGGCCUUUGGAUUCACCUACUCGGCGCAAACGUCAACGCAAACUUCAGCGCAUGGUCAUAA